CCCUGCUGUUGCUGCUGCUGCUGCUGCUGGUGCUAGUGGUGGUGGUGGUGAUGCCGAGCUCAGCGUCUCUAUGUGCGGCUACAACCGCAUCGAGUUCCCGAGACUGAUGCCGAAUGAGACGCGAGCGGAGGCUGAAUGGUGAUGAUGAUGAUGCUGCUGGUGGUGAUGAUGAUGACGACGAUGAUGAAGAUGAUGGAUGGUGUGAGCCGUUUCUCAUCGCUCGGACAGCUGUAACGUCGGCGGCGGCGGCGGCGGACACGCGCGUGGAUUCAUCAAAAGGGUCGACGUUUAAGGCUUUUUGACGUUUGACAUUCAGCGGCAGAAUGAUCGAGGAAGGCAGUAAACGAGGCAAGGCCAUGGUGGAGAAGAGACAGCUCUUCAUGGAGAUGAGAGCUCAGAACUUUGACGUGAUCAGACUGUCGACUUACAGAACCGCCUGCAAACUCCGCUUUGUGCAGAAGAGAUGCAACCUUCAUCUGGUGGACGUCUGGAAUAUGAUCGAAGCCUUUCGCGACAACGGGCUCAACACACUGGACCACAGCGCUGAGAUCAACGUGUCGCGGCUGGAGACGAUCCUGUCUUCCAUCUACUACCAGCUCAACAAGCGCCUGCCCACCACACACCAGAUCAACGUGGAACAGUCCAUCGGGCUGCUGCUCAACUUCAUGGUGGCCACGUACGACAGUGAAAGCCAUGGCAAGUUGACAGUUUUCUCGAUGAAAGCAAUGCUGGCAACAAUGUGUGGAGGCAAAAUUGUGGACAAACUACGUUAUAUUUUCUCACAGAUCUCUGACUCGAGUGGACUCAUGGUGUUUGCCAAGUUUGAUCAGUUUCUGCGGGAGGUUCUCAAACUGCCCACAGCCGUGUUCGAGGGCCCUUCGUUCGGCUACACGGAGCAUUCGGUGCGCACGUGCUUCCCUCAGCAGAAGAAGAUCAUGCUGAACACGUUUCUGGACGUGUUGAUGGCCGAUCCCCCUCCUCAGUGUCUCGUGUGGCUGCCUCUCAUGCACCGACUCGCUAAUGUUGAAAACGUCUUCCAUCCGGUGGAAUGUUCUUAUUGCCGGAGUGAGAGCAUGAUGGGUUUCCGGUAUCGGUGCCAACAGUGCCAUGGCUACCAGCUUUGUCAGAGCUGCUUCUGGCGUGGCCAUGCCAAUGGUCCCCAUAGCAACCAGCACCAGAUGAAGGAGCACUCGUCUUGGAAGUCUCCGGCCAAGAAGCUGAGCCACGCAAUCAGCAAAUCUCUCGGCUGCGUCCCCAUCGGAGAGCCACCCCAUCCUGUUUUCCCCGAGCAGGCGGAGCGACCACAGGAGCUCACUCACACCGUUCAGCCGAAACCAGUGGCCAACAACAUGAACGACACAAUUCUCAUGUCCUCCGGGGCACCUACACCUUCCAAAAGUGUCUUGGAGAGUCCCAGUCGGCUAGAUGAAGAGCACCGCCUCAUCGCUCGCUACGCUGCGCGCCUGGCAGCCGAGGCGGGCAACUCCACACAACAGUGUCCUCCGACAGACCUGAGCUUCAACUUUGAUGCCAACAAGCAGCAGAGGCAGCUGAUCGCAGAACUAGAGAACAAAAACAGAGAGAUCCUCCAGGAGAUCCAGAGGCUGCGUUUGGAGCAUGAACAAGCCUCUCAGCCCACACCUGAGAAAGCCCAGCAGAACCCCACGCUCCUGACUGAACUGCGGCUCCUCAGACACAGGAAGGACGAGCUGGAGCGGCGCAUGUCAGCCCUGCAGGAGAGCAGGCGGGAGCUGAUGGUGCAGCUGGAGGGCCUGAUGAGGCUGCUGAAGGAUGAGGAGCAGAAGCAGGCUUCCCAGUCCGGAGGCUCCCCUCAUUCUUCCCCCAGUCACGGUGCCGGCUGCUCCAUGCCCAUGCCCAUACGCUCCACAUCGGCUGGAUCAACCCCAACCCACACGCCACAGGACUGCCUGGCUGGAGUGGGAGGCGACGUGCUGGAGGCCUUUGCUCAGGGUGUACCUAGAAAUCUUCGGAACGAUUUAUUAGUUGCUGCUGAUUCAAUCACAAACACCAUGUCGUCGCUGGUGAAAGAGCUCCACUCAGUAGAUGACGGGGGAGAGGAGGAGGAGACCAACAUGAGGAACGGUGGGGACAGAGCUGAAGCAGACUGAAGAACAAAAAGCACAGUAAGAGUAUAGAAGCACUGAGGGAAAGAGAACACCACCCCACCUUGUAAGGACAUACAGUCAUCGAAUCUGAAGAAUCAGUAACAACAACAACAACAACAACAACAACAACGACAACCCUGGCAUUAGCACGUAGAGUAAUGCAUGCUGUAAUCUAACAGGAUUUCACUAUGUGAAAAAAAAAGAAGAAAAAGUUUCUAAUUAGCGAGUGUGUGUGUUGUCCUGUAAACAAAAAAAAAAAGAAACCUGCUGUAAUUACCCAACGAUUUCCCUCAUGACUGCUAAAGAAUGGCUCGCUGUGUUUUCCUCACGCCCCAACUGUUCCAUUGCAGGAGGUCAUUCUGUAUAUAAAAUACUGUAAACACAUGACCUUGGGAAGACCCUGACACGGAGGUUACCUUCUUUUCAUAUGUUCCCCGUCAUCGCUCCUAAUAAUAUCAUCGCUCAUAAUUUUUUUUUUCAUAAUUAUUCUUAUUAUUUUUGCAUGAAGUUGCACUAAUGUCUGGAUUUAGGUACUGCACCGCGCUAUACGCCAGCUCUUUGUGGGUUAUAUGAUGACAGCUGUCAUGUCAGAAGUGUCCUGCCUUCAGGAUUCACGCUGAGUGUGUUUACUGCACGUCCACGCUCUCAGGACACAAUUCUCCUGUAUCCAGCUGCUGCCAGGACACAGUUUAGGCUUAACUUAAGCCUGGGAACAUGAGAAAACAGAUAACUUGGCUCCAUCGUAGUGUAAUAAAGAGACUCUCUAGAGUCUCACUCCCACUGUUCACAGGCAAUCAGCAAAAAUGAUCCAAAAAAGAAAUGGUUUGACUAUAAUCCCUGAAACCUUUGACUCGCAGAUCACUUGUUUCCCCCAACGUUCCUUUUUAAAGGACCAUGAACAACAUAAAAUCUACUUUAUCUCAUUUUUAUCUCACCUUGGGCUCUGGCAAAAUGAAAUCAUAUUCUUAGCUUAACACAAACACAAUCGACCAAGGAAAACAGCUAGCUAAAUGCUGUCUAAAGGCAAUAAAAUCUCAUCUACCAGCACAAGUAACAGCUAACUAAUAAUUAGCAUGCCGUACAAGUGUAUAAAUAACACGUUGUUGAAUGUGCUGAACUAUUUCCUCGGCGAACCACAACAUGUGUUUUCUACACUUCAUUUUUAGAAACAAAUAAAAACAAAACAUGCUAUAGCUAGCCCCUGGUUUCAGUAUUUAUGCUAAGCUAACUGGAUACAGACUAUUUCCGCCCAAAUGUUGAACCAGUAUUUUAAAAAGGCCCAGUGUUUAAGAUUUAGUGACACCUAAUGGAGCGACUGCAGUGGAACGCUUCGGUCCGGUAUGAAUUUUUUUGGGUUUCCAUUAAGAAUAGUACCAAAAUAACCGGUCUAAAGUUAAACCAGCUCAAACCGAGCUCCGUUGUAGUCUGCUGUGUCGCGGUGGAUGUCGCUGUUUGUUGUCGUCGCGCCAGUACAACGCCACUUUGUUUGCGUAGCUCACACGGCGGUGCCUAAAGCACAUAUUUUAAGGCUACGGAAACUAAAUUCUUUUUUAUUUUAAAGCAUUUCUACACAUAUACUCUUAUGGGUAAUUUUGCCCAAUAUACCCUAAUGACCUUUUAAAAGCCAGAACACCAAGAUAUACAGCAGAGGACUCAAACUCAGUCUAGUUUGUAAAAAAACAUUAAAAUAAUAAUAUUUAUUUAUAGUUUCAAAUAACUCAUUAUAACUUGAUAUUAAGCGGGUUUGAGACCUCAGAUAGACUAGUAAUAUUAGGAUUCCAUUCUCAGACGUUUGCAGUAUGUUGUGGAUAAGAUUUUUACGUGCACGUAAACACACUCACUGAAUCACACACUGUUCUGCUGCUACUGUGCUCUCCGCGAGCCUCCCUUUGCAAAUAACGGCACACUAAUGAGCCGAGGCUUAUUGUUUCCUCCCAAUGAAAACCUAAGCGAAUCACCUGAAGGGCAUUGUAACACUCAGCGCAGCAUGGCGCCUCCUUUUCCAGAAUACACUGACUAGCUGGUAUAGCCUCAGUAUUUAUUUGUUCGGAAGCACCUCAGGAUGUUUAGUCGUGACGACUUAGGCUCCGAGUUUUAGUUUUGGGCUACCAAAAUGGACACUUAAUAGAGUACGGGAGGGUGUGCGGUAGUCGUAAGAGAGUAGGAAAUGCUUUGAUAGCUUUACUUAGUCGGAAUGUUACGUGCAAUGACGGCAGGCGCUCAGGGAACGCAGAGCUCCUCUGUGGCUGAAAUGUGGCGUAAUAAUAACGAGGAAAAUGUCGACGAUGAUUUAAAAUGAAGGGUUUCAUUCUGAAAUGGUUGUUUUUCUCACUGUCACGACGUUUCGUCCUAAAGUUGUCCAUCGAUUUCUCCCUCAUUUUGGAAUGAAACUCUUAGCUAUUUUAAAUGAAAACGUGGAGUAGAGGAAGUGGAUUAGGAGAAGUUUCUCUGAAGUGCUGCAGUAUGUGGUGAACGCAUGUUAUCGGGUAGAGUUUGUCUCUGUGUGAAUUAGUGUCUUUCAUAUGGAAAAAGCAAAGUGUUCCGUCUGCUCCAGAUGAGGUUUAAUUUGAGCCGGACAGAGAUCAGGUUUAUGUAACUGUCACGUUUUGGUUUUUUUUUGUCUUCCGGUUUCAAUGUCCUUUGUCCCUCAGUGUCGGCAUUCGACUCAAAUUCAAGACGAGCUGCAGCAGCGCGUCUGGUUUUUGAUGAGAUAAAUGUGUGGCGGCAGUUUUUCGGAAAUGUGACUGAACUAAAACUACAGGAAGCGGGAAGGUUUUUUUGUUUUGUUUAAAGUUUUGUACAGUAAGCUUGGGUAUAAGGUUCCACCAACCUGUUACACUGUGUCAAGAAAAACAACAAAAACAAGCUCCUCUGUUAUUGUCAUUUUAAAUGUGGUAUUUUUCAUUGGCUCCCCUUUUCUUCUCUCUGUGUGUCAUCUUUAUUGUUCUUCUCCUGGUUUUGCAAGUAUUAGUGGAGUAUAUUUGUUGUAAUGAGUUUCAUGUGCGCGCUCGCGUCGUCGCCCGGUUUUCAAUCCAUGCAAAAAAAAGUGUGGGAACUGAAAUGCCAUCGAAUUUAAAUCAGAAAGCUCAUUUUAUUCAGCUUACAAAAGAUCCAGAAAUGAUUCAAAUGCAGAGGUUAAAAAAAAAGAAUUCAACUCACCGUCUUCCCCUUCCCUGUGGUCACACAUCUGAAUGCAUAACUAAGCUCCUUUUUUUGUUGUCGUUCUUUCAGUUUGUGCCUGUAGCUGUUCUGUAAAGUGCUGUAAAAAAAAGCAAAUAAGAUGAUCAAUUAGCCUUUAUGUCGGCGUUUUAGUCUGUGACUAUAGAGGUUUUUAUUUCAUUUAUUUAUUAAUGUGUUCCGUGGGGAAAAAAAAGUUAUUGCUCAGCCUUUACAUUUGUGCCAAACUGUUUGCGGACAUCGUGUGUCACACACAUCCCAGGUAUAUAACGACGUGUAUAUCUGCAUCGGUAUGUUGUUGUUGCUCAGUCGUUGAACGUUCACAUUUUACGGUUUCCGUUUAAUAAUCAGUACAGAUAGAAGAGACAUUCCAGAUCCACUGAUAGACAGUCGCUGGUGUCAUUUUAACCAGUGCAGAGGCAAUACCGUUCACCCUGCGUGACCAAACCAGGGGUAAAACACAGUUACACACACACACACACACACUGGGCCUUUUAUUGUUUGCAGAGAGACUAUGUGCAAAAAGACAACAACAACAACAACAGCGCUCCCCCUGAUGUUAUUUAUCUAUGUCUGUGUUCUGUAUGGUUCUGCUUCUGGUACUCAUUUGUUUCUCAUGUUGAGUUUACAACACAUAGUUUUAUGUCACGAAGCCACUGUCUUUUGUAAAUAAAUCAAAUGUGAGAUAUAUUAAAAACAAAAGAUUUAAAAUA